GCCAAUAUUCUAAAUCGCUCAAAAGAUUAUUAUCCGAAUCAUCUUCUUCUUGUGUUCUAUUCUUAGAAACCUCCUCUUUCAAGUGUUGCAAAAUUUGUGCAUUUACAUUAAAACUAGGAUAAUUGUUAGCGAAGCCAUAUUUAUCUUUCAAAUAUUCAAGUUUCUUUAUAAACGUUUCUAUGUGUGUUGUAACAUAAACAUCAUCUUCUGUUUCGUUGCUUUUAUUAUCUUCAUUUAAUACCUCAUUUACUUGUGUAAUAAAAUGUUGAGUUUUGUUAUCGACGUUAUCAACUUUUACAAGACCUGCUAUUUCUUUCAGAUUGGUUUGAUCUUGUAAGGUGAUCGUGACAAAGAAGUUGUGAAUUGUUGAGAACUCCUUGAUCCUCGUUUUAUGUUUGACGUCUUCGAGUCUGAGAGCUGAGAAUAUCCCGUUUGUGACUUUUCGUAUUGAUGACUCGACUGCGACUAUUUCGACGACUUCCUCGCUAGGGACCUCUACGAGGCUCCGAACUUGCACGAGGAUGCUUAAAAUAAUGAAAUACAAGAUAUUAUUCUUGGUGCAAGACAUGUGAAGAAAGAUGCCUCUUGUAUUAAACAAAUGAAGUUCAAAAUAUUUAUAAUUAUAAUGGAAAAUUUUGAAGUCGUAUCAAAAUAUAUUUCUUAUUAAAGUUGUUGCCCAAUAAAUUGAAUAUGUUUUAUGACUAUUGUUUUAUUGUGAAAUCCAACAAAAAGAAAUUGCCAUCGGCUGUUACGAAAUUUUCAAUUUAUAAACUUUUAUCGAUCACCUGAACAGUUAUUUAUUUUAAUUCGAUCUUUUCUUUGUACGCACCUAAGUCAAUCCGUAUUAGUAAUUAUUUAAGUUAUUUUAAAUUUGUAUACAAUGAAAUUGACGGCUAUUAUCAUGUUCCUUAUUCCUGUGGUGGUAGCUAGACAUAAUCAUAGGACACUUCUUGAGACCAUAUUGAAAUCCAAUGAAAACCUGUAUUUUAAAGUAGACGACGAUGUUCAAAAUAUAAUGAACAAUCUCUUCGACUCACUGAACUUAGCGCCGGACUUCCCAUCGAAAUCGAGGAUCAAGUUGUUGUUAACAAUGCAUUAUGAUCUGAAAAGUAUUGCAGCGAAAAAUUUCGAAGUCCAUGAUAAAAUGCUAGACGCUGUGGAAGUUAGUAUAGACAAUAACACCACAACUGGCAUAGCAUUAUUUAACAUUAUUGGAGAUAUAUUGGAUAACAAGCCCUACAAUCUGUCUAGUACUUUGUAUGGGAAGUAUGUACCACGCAAACGUACUAAACACAAAAAGGUAUCACAUGUUCCACGUGCUGUGACCACCACUACAGAGACAAUUUUGGAAACUACCACUACACCUCAGCCUGUAUUCAGUGACAGCAAAGAAUUCAUGGAAUUCAUUCAAGAUUUUAUAAAGAAAAUAGAUCAGCUCAGUGAAAGUGAUUUCUCUAAACCUCCACCAGUUGCAGUACCACCAGAAGCAGAUGAUGACGACAAUCUUGAGUAUUGGGAGCCACCACCAGUCCUAGAAUUAGAUUUCGUCAACGAUACUAGCCGGAGGAUAUUUAAAGGCAAACGGAGUAAAAUAAGGAGUUACCCGUUCAUGGUGAGCAUCCACCUGAUGGGCACGUUUGCUUGCGCAGGCUCCAUCCUCACCAAGGACCUGGUCAUUAGUGCGGCGUCCUGCUUACAAUUACUUCACAAUAACAGAUUUUACAGAGAGAACCCAAGUUCUCUUUCCGUUCGCGUCGGCAGUGAUUACUUCGCUAGAGGAGGCGAGGUCAUAGGCAUUGUGGAGACUUACUUUCACCCUUCUUAUGACCCUAAGACUUUGGCUAACAAUUUAGUACUACUACGGUUGUAUAAACAUAUAAAAUUCUUGAGAAGAGAGAAGAAAGUGAAGAGGAUACGGUUCGACAGGACGCCAGCAAAUUUAGCUACGAACACGGAGGAUAUUAUCGUCAUUGGAUGGGGUGCUAGGAAGAAAAGCAACGUGAUUGAUCAAUUUGAAAGGAUGUUGGUGGCGAAGCUGGAUAUCUACCAAAAAGACGUUGGUGGUCCCGGAGUUGUGGGGGGUACACUCAUCGGUGUCAUAAGCUUCGGUGCACCUAUAUGCGGAGCCGUAGACUCUCCUACCGUCUUCACAAAACUUGGGUUCUACGGAAAAUGGAUCGACAGCGUUAUUAAGACGUACGGCCUUGUGGUAGGAGCGCGAACGACAGGCAAACCUCCGACUCAUCAACUAUUCCCUUACACCUCCUCUACGACCGUGCGGAUAAACCCAUUCUUCUCAUUACACAGUACAUUAGGCCAAGUAUUGCCUAUAGCAAGAAACGGAGACGCGAAUGGUCUAGAGACCGCGAUUGAGACGAAAAGGUCUGGUAUAAAAGCAAUAGGAGCACGAACUACACUUCGGCCUCUCACUCGUGUAACGUGGCCGACGUUCUUCAUUACACCCGACCCAAAGAUAAUUCCAAUAACGCAAACAAACGCACAGGAAAAAAACUUUAAAGCAAAGAAAGUCCUCAAGCAUGGUCAACACAAACCGAUACUGACUGACAUAGAUUCCUUGCCAGACGUUAUGUACGACGAUUUGCCAGAAGAAGACGUUGUUGAUAUGUUUACUACGACCACGAGACUGCAUCCCAUGCAACAUCCGUUAGUGAACAAGAGUUUCUUUCCUCUACCCGGGCUUCAUAUCCCGAAAGAGACAUCGGAGUACGUCACGAUUACCUUGUCGAGUUCAAACACAUUGCCGCCGCACUUGACGGAGCCGCAGCAUGAACCCACUGAAACGGUCACGGAACGGACAGCGAGUGAUACAAUGGGUCCCUUCACUGACUUCUUCUUAAACUCUUAUGAGCGGACUACAGAACCAAGUUCUUACGAGCGACGAUCAUCCCGCAAGGAUCGGGGUCCAGACUCAUAUCUAGAUAAUAACUUGCGUGACAAACACAACAGCCAGUCUCCUCGACCACAUUUCCGUGGGGAAGCAGAUUACAUUAAUGAUAAUUAUUUAGUGGAACCUGAUUUACCGAAAUACGCUUAAAAAUGUAAUGUGUUUCGUUUGGAGAUAAUAAUUUUAAUCUUAAGCUGAUCUUGGCUGUGUAGUUACUCACUUAUCUUAUAAUUAGUUUCGACAAUUUGUAAUUUGUCAGACAUUGCUAAUUAAACCAAUAAUUCCAAUAUUAUUUUAACUUUCUUCCGUUUCUUU